UCUGCUGGUCUUCAAAUGGCCCCCCUCCAGCUAGCUCCAGACACAAACGGACUGCAGAGCAAGACGGAGAGGAGAGAAUUCAGCAAGACCCACAGCCAUGAGACACGACAUGCCAAAGCCCUCAGAGGCAGCCCGCCGCUGCUCCGGUCUGGUUAGGCGGGUGCUCACGAUUACAUUCGCUCUGCUCAUCCUUGGCCUCAUGACCUGGGCUUAUGCCGCCGGCAUCCCUCUCGCCACCGAUCGCUAUGGCCUCCUGGCCUUUGGCCUCUACGGGGCAUUCCUCAGCGCGCACCUGGUGGCACAGAGCCUCUUCGCUUACCUGGAGCACCGGAGGGUGGCGGCGGCGGCACGGCGCGCCGCGGCGAAGGGACCCCCGGACGCCGCCACUGCGCGCAGUGUGGCGCUCACCAUCUCUGCCUACCAGGAGGACCCCGCAUACCUGCGCCAGUGCCUGACCUCGGCGCGCGCCCUGCUGUACCCGCGCGCCCGGCUGCGCGUCCUCAUGGUGGUGGACGGCAACCGUGCCGAGGAUAUGUACAUGGUGGACAUGUUCCGCGAAGUCUUUGCUGAUGAGGACCCCGCCACCUACGUGUGGGAUGGCAACUAUCAUCAGCCCUGGGAGCCGGCGGAGGCGGCGGUGGGUGCUGGUGCCUACCGCGAGGUGGAGGCGGAGGACCCCGGGCAGCUGGCGGUGGAAGCCCUGGUGAGGACGCGCAGAUGUGUGUGCGUGGCACAGCGCUGGGGAGGCAAGCGCGAGGUCAUGUACACGGCCUUCAAGGCGCUGGGAGACUCCGUAGACUACGUGCAGGUCUGUGACUCAGACACAAGGCUAGACCCCAUGGCACUGCUAGAGCUUGUACGAGUGCUGGAUGAAGACCCCAGGGUGGGGGCUGUUGGAGGAGAUGUGCGGAUCCUUAACCCUCUAGAUUCCUGGGUCAGUUUCUUGAGUAGCCUGCGAUACUGGGUAGCCUUCAAUGUGGAGCGAGCUUGUCAGAGCUACUUCCACUGUGUGUCCUGCAUCAGCGGUCCUCUGGGCCUGUACAGGAACAAUCUCCUGCAGCAAUUCCUGGAAGCCUGGUACAACCAGAAGUUCCUGGGCACCCACUGCACUUUCGGGGAUGACAGGCACCUCACCAACCGCAUGCUCAGCAUGGGCUAUGCUACCAAGUACACCUCACGCUCCAGAUGCUACUCGGAGACGCCCUCCUCCUUCCUGCGCUGGCUGAGCCAACAGACCCGCUGGUCCAAGUCUUAUUUCCGGGAGUGGCUAUACAACGCCCUGUGGUGGCACCGCCAUCAUGCAUGGAUGACCUAUGAAGCGGUGGUCUCGGGCCUCUUCCCUUUCUUCGUGGCGGCCACAGUGCUGCGGCUCUUUUACGCGGGCCGCCCGUGGGCUCUGCUCUGGGUGCUGUUGUGCGUGCAGGGUGUGGCCCUGGCUAAGGCAGCUUUUGCAGCCUGGCUGCGCGGCUGCCUGCGCAUGGUGCUGCUGUCACUCUAUGCACCACUCUACAUGUGUGGCCUGCUGCCCGCCAAGUUCCUGGCAUUGGUCACCAUGAAUCAAAGUGGCUGGGGCACCUCAGGCCGGAAGAACCUGGCUGCUAACUAUGUACCGGUGCUACCCCUGGCACUCUGGGCUCUGCUCCUGCUUGGAGGCCUGGUCCGCAGUGUUGCCCAAGAAGCCCAGGCUGACUGGAGUGGCCCAUCCCGGGCCGCCGAGGCCUACCACCUCGCUGCUGGGGCAGGCGCCUAUGUGGCUUACUGGGUGGUAAUGCUGACCCUCUAUUGGGUGACUGUGCGGAGGCUCUGCAGGCGUCGCAGUGGAGGCUACGGUGUUCAGGUGUGAGUCUGGCCAUGAACAUGCCCACUGGAGGGCUGCAGGGUGGCUCCAGGAACCACGAAUUCCAUGGCCUCGGUUUCCUUUCUCUUUGAAAUGAGGGAGUCAUUCUUGAAAUACAUCCAACCGACUGUAUUGGAACUCAAGACUUUGGGGGUCUCUGGGGAGGGGUAAUUUAUUGAUCAGGGUGUGGGUUUGUAGAAUCAGGGCCAGAAGGUCCCCGCUUUCUCCCUGUUGCUAUUUAACGUGUUUGUACUGUGACUAAGAUAUAAUAAAAAUUUUAAUUUAUUUUCUCUCAAA